AUGUCGGAGGUUCCACACACCAGCCAAGUCACGCUGCCAGUGACGUCCCUUUGGGCCAAUCGCAAAUGCUUGAUCAUUGCUUGCAUUGUUGCGACUGCCAAUACUCAGUAUGGCUUCGACAGCGCCGCAAUUGGUGCUCUCCAGGCAAUGCCCGGCUUUCUGAAAGUAUUUGGCUUCCCGGAUCCGACCAGCCCGGGUGGCUAUGGGAUUGACAGCACUUUCCAACAAUUGAUCGGCUCGCUCUUGACGCUCGGUGCCUUUCUCUCGUCCAUCCUCGCUGGAGCUUUCGGUGCCUUCUACGGUCGCAAAACCGCGCUUUGGUUGGCCUGCAUCAUGAACUGCGUUGGAUUGGCCAUUCAAAUUGGCACCACAAAUAAGGGGGUGAUAUAUCUUGGUCGAAUUGUCCUUGGAUUUUCAAAUGGGUUCCUCGUCACCUUCUCGAACAUCUAUACAGCCGAAAUCGCACCGGCUCAUCUCAGAGGAGUGAUGGUUGCUCUCUUUGCCUAUUGGGUCAAUAUUGGUGCCAUCCUGGGCACCAUUGUCGACAACUAUACCAAGGAUCGUCUGGACAAAGGCUCUUAUCAGAUCCCGAUCGGGAGUCUUUAUAUCGUGCCGGUCCUUCUGGGCAUCGGGCUUUUCUUUGUUCCUGAGACCCCUCGGUGGCUGUUGCACCAUAACAAAGAGAGCCAGGCUCGAAAGUCCCUGCAGACGUUACGCGCAGACUCGCUGGCCCCCGAGUAUUUUGAACUCGAAUGGGCAGAAAUCAUUCGCGGUGUCGAGGAAGAAAGAAGGACUGCAAAGUCUGUGGGGCUUUUGGAUAUGUUUCGCGGUGCCGACUUGCGAAGGACGCUUUUGUGCUGGGGUACUAUCUUGACCCAAGCAGGUAGCGGCUCUUGGUUCCCGAUUGCGUACCAAACGUACUUCUUCCAGAUUGCCGGGAUCAAACAAGCUUUCCAGUACUCGAUCAUGAUCACCUGCAUCGGGUUCGUCGGGGUCAACUGCGGCAUGUACGCCAUGCGCCAUCUGGUUGGCCGAAGGUUCAUCUGUAUCUUUGGGUCGAUCGUGACGAGUCUCUGCUUCCUUGGAAUGGCCAUUGCGCAGAGUGUCUCACCUUUUACCAUUGAGACUGGCAAGGUCACAGUGGCGAUGGUCGCCAUUUGGGGUUUCUUCUACAACGGCUGUGUCGGCGCCGCGACGUAUCCUGUGGCCACAGAGCUGGUGAGCUCCCGCCUCCGUGCGUGGACUGUCGGGUCGGCAACCUCGAUCCAAUAUGUUUUCGCAUGGCUCACCAGUUUCUGCACGCCCUAUUUCAUCAACCCCACCGAUCUGAAUUGGGGCCCCCGGUAUGGUUACAUCUGGUUUGGGAGUAACAUUGUUUGCGCAAUCUUCUACUUCCUUUGCAUCCCAGAGUUGAAAGGGAGAUCACUGGAGGAGAUUGACGAGCUCUUCGAGAAGCGAGUCGGCGUCUUCAAGUUCAAGACGUAUCAGACCGAGAUCCAAGAAAAGGCGUUGCACGACGUCCAAGUCAACACUGGAGCUUUCUUGGACAAGAAGCCAGCGGUCACCCAUGUCGAAGAAUCGGCAGAAAAGGUGGAAUGAGCGCAGUACACCUAAUGGCGGAGCCGGGUCUUUUGGACGCCCCAACUACCCCGGAAUCGUCGAUUGAGACACCACCUGGGGAUGCUGACCGGUUGUUCCCCGGUCAAGUCUUCGGCCGAAGACUCGAUACAAAGAUCCAGAAGAAUGAUCCUGGACCUGGG